AUGCCGCUCAUAUACGAGCUCUUUCACCCCAACAGGCAGGCGUACACCGUCGAGCAGUGGCACGACCUGCGCGUGCGCCUCUUCCACCUGCUCGGGGAGGACACGACUGUGCGCGAGUACGUCCUCUCGCGCCCUCCCGCGCCGGGCCGCGUCCUCUUCGUCAUGGAGGACCGCUUCACGCUGAGUCGUGAACAGCUCGGCCGUCUCCGCGGCUGCCUCUUCUGGGUCGUCGCUGUGCCCCACCACGUCCGCGUCGUGGAGGACGGCGUCGUUAUCAAUGGCCGCGCGGUGCCGCGCGAGCUUGUUGGCGAGGAGGGGAGCGACGACGGGAGCUCCUGGGCCCACAUGCCUGAGGAGUACGAGGAGGAGGGCGUGCUCCCUACUUAG